CCGUGAAUAGCUAACUGCAAUGGAUUGGGCCCAGUCGUGUUAGCCCACUUCCACCUUCGACUAGUUUCUUUCUCCCUAGAAGACAGCUGUUGUUCUUCGAAGCUGUUCUUCUCCAGUCCAUUGCCCACGACUUGAGAUUGGCCUCCAAAACCUUUAGCCCAGUGCCCGCCAUCAUUAGCUUCAAGCUCGCCUGCCUUGGCUUCACUGUGCUCGAAGGUUUUCGCCGGCGGCAACGUCGGCAAUAGCCCCAUUGCCAGUUCUUAUCGUUGGAGGAGCUCGAUCGUUGAGCCCCAUAGUCAGUUACCGCCGCCCCUUGCGUCUCCGCCAUUGCUCGCCGCCGUCGUUUCAGGUCGCCGAUCUUCUCCUUUCCCUCUGCUUCUUCCCUCAAUUGAAGACACUCUCCCUGCAGUCUCGCUCUACUUCGCCAGCCACCCUCGCUCUCCAAAUUCGCCCUAGGCUUCCGGAAGUUGCAUUGCAGUUCGCAAAUUAAGCAGAGGGAAAAACCGAACAGAAAGAGAUGUUCUUUCUGAGUCUGAUAGAGCACAAACUGCGGUUGCCGCCUGAGGAUCUAUCCCUUCCUCUCCCCAAAGGCAUUAAGAAAGUGCUUGAUGGCAUCUUCUUAGACAAGGUUAUCGCGAACUUGGGACUCUGUGUGUCCAUCUAUGACAUUAGAAAUAUAUCUGGUGGCUUCAUUCAGGCCGGAGAGGGUGCUCCAACCUACACUGUAGAAUUUAGAAUGGUGGUGUUCCGGCCUUUUACAGGAGAGAUUAUUGUUGCCAAAAUUAUAGAAUCCGAUAACGAUGGUCUUCGCUUAUCACUUGGAUUCUUUGACGAUAUCUAUGUGCCAGCUCAUCAGCUUCCGCAACCAUGCCAUCAAAUUCCGGAUCCUGACCGCAGAUAUAAAGUCAGAUGGAUAUGGGAAUAUGACAUCGAAGAUACAGGAAACCCAGAACAGUAUAACAUCGACGGCUUGGAUGAGGUUAAACUUCAGGUCCUGAAUGUGAGCUUCCCACCACUUCCAAUUGAGCAGCAAGAGAAGCCUUUUGCUCCCAUGCUUGUUACUGGAUCAAUAUCUGAAUGUGGUUUGGGGCCAGUUUCAUGGUGGUGAUUAGAAGGGUUCAGAAGUUGAAGAAACAAAGGAUUGCUUUGCUUUGAGGGAGGUCAACAGAAAGUGUUAGAGAGUAUCAUGUUCUUGGGACUUAUGAUCCAGGGUUGUUUCUGUCUAGGUUGCCUUUGCAGGAAGAUUGGAUGGCCUAGCCUAAUGUCAUUAGAAUGUGCUAAGUAGAAACUGUGCAUAAAAACCGAGAGAAUGCUAGUGCUGGCCUGCUGGGCAGAGUUGGAUUAGGGUCUGAGCUGAACUGAAAUUUUGCAUGAAUCAUUGGUCCAUCGCGAAAUUUGGUAACUUUCCUAGUGGGCUGCUGAGGUGGCAAAGUAAUUUUUAGGUGAAUGCAAUUUAGUAGCCAAACAUUUCAUUUGCCGCAAAAUAAUAAUCAAACCUAUGGAAAUAACAAUUUAAUAACAUUUUUUGGACA